AUGACGCGGCGUUCACACUUCCAGACCGGUCGCAAACCUCGAGGGUAUGCUGGCUUCCAACUAGAUGAGGCUCUUGUCACGGGCCCAAUAUCAUUCCUAAAUCCCACCUCGGCACACUACAAGCCUUUCCAGCGCCCAAAAGAGACUCGUCCUCCCCCACAACUCGAGCGUCUCUGGCGAUCUCGCGACAACAGAAAAGGCCGCCAUGCCAUUCGCGUCGAUACAGAAGCAUUACCACAUGAAACUGGAAUUACAACACCACCUUUGACGCAGUCCUUCUCAACGGUAGCCAGGAUCAUUCUUCGCAUGGUGACCUACGUCCCUUACUGGGACGUGUCAUAUCUAGUCGCCAUGUCCUUCACUAUCGGGUCGGCAGUCUUCAUUGUUAAUGGGUUCUUCGUGUGGUUGCCGCUCGCAGACAAGAAGACCGAGUUUCGCGGUGAGAUUGUCGUUGCCGGCGGUUGGACGGGGUUCGUCGGCGCGACUAUCUUCGAAAUCGGAGGUGUAUUGCUGAUGCUUGAAGCCUUUAAUACCAAUCAUACUGGAUGUUUCGGCUGGGCGCUUGAAACCGCCGUCGAGGAAUCUAUCGAGGAUGGGAUUACUCACCAUCCGAUGAAAGAGAUCAAGCCGAAGGUCUCGGAGUGUGAGCAUCAUCAUGCGAAUCGGAAAUCAUUCCUCCAGGAGAAGCACCAUCAUUAUGCCAAUGACAUCGCCCAUUUUCAUCGGGACGACACUGGAUACGUUACUUCGUCACCAGAUGGCAGGACAUUCCGAUGGAUUCCGUCAAUGUCGGAAUUGUGUACGCAUUAUCUUCAUGAAAUUGGCUUUCUAGCUUCCUUGAUCUUAUUUGUGAGCGCUACUAUCUUUUGGAUUGGUGCAAUUGUUGGCAUUCCCGAUAUUAUUGACCACAUGAGCAAGGGACUUAUUGAUGGCCUCUACUGGGGUACUAGUACUCUUGGCGGGUUGGGAUUUACUGUUAGUUCAUACAUGUACAUGCUUGAGACUCAGUCAAAGUGGUACCUUCCUGCUUGGCAUGUUCUGGGGUGGCACAUUGGGCUCUGGAAUUUGAUUGGCAGUAUUGGGUUUACUGUUUGUGGUGCGCUGGGACCGGCGAGUAGCAACUCUGGCGUGAAUUAUCAAUCGUCGCUUGCUACAUUUUGGGGAUCGGUGGCCUUUAUGAUAGGAUCUAUGAUUCAGUGGUAUGAAAGUUUGCAGAAGAACCCUGUUGAGAAAAAGCGUGGUUAA